CCUAAAGUGGGGCUGGGAAAGGGAAGCUCACUUUUCCCAGCACUGCUCAGAAAAAGUGGUUUUGACACCUCUGUUACUUGGCAAUGACAGGAACAAGCACCAAGCCAACAGACGAUCCGAGGCUGAUGCUAGUCUGAGCAAGAAGGAGCAUCACCAUCUGGAAGAGCCUGGGACAGUGACAACAUGCAGGAUUACACUUUUUACCAAAGACAGAAGCAGUAGCAGCCUGGCCAGGACCGGGCUUACACCCUGAGCUGGGCUGACUCCCAGCAUCUAAUUUUGUCUAAUCCCUCAACGCUACCAAAACAUCGAAUUUUCUUCUCAUGACGUGACUGUAAAGAAUCUGAAAUAAAUGUUGCGUUUUCAUAUUUUUCUUGUUACUGCAAAAAUGACAAGAACAAAGCAAAGUCGUUCUGUUUUCUUGGGGAAGGAUUUCCUCCGUCUCUGCGGGUUUUGCCGUCCCAGUUCCCCCGGGGCGCCGGAAAGCCCGGGGGUGCUCGGAGCGCCGUACCCACACGCCUCUCGCCAGCUCUCCCAGUGCGGGCGGAGGCGCCAGAUUUAAGAAUAAAAAGGAGCCGUAAGCGGGAGAGCAGCGAGCGCAGGGCGGAGGCGAGACCGGAGGGCACCGGAGCCGGCCGGGGUGCGAGCUGCCCGGGGCUUCCCAGCCGCAUUCUCCCCGGAGCUGGUGUCAGCAUGGCCCUCGAGAGGCUCGGGGAAGCGCUGCGCGGCAUCCCCCCCUUGCAAAGCUCCCUCCUACUCCUCCUCUGCCUGCUCGCCGCCAUCCACCUGGGCAAGCUCCUCCUGCAGCAUCAGCAGCGCCGGCGGCAGGGCCUGCGCCGGGAGCCGCCGGGCCCUUUCCCCUGGCCCCUGAUCGGCAACGCGGCGCAGCUGGGCAGCGCCCCGCACCUCUCCUUCGCCCGGCUUGCCAGCACCUACGGCGCCGUGUUCCAGCUGCGCCUGGGGCGCUGGCCCGUGGUGGUGCUGAACGGGGAGCGCGCCAUCCGCCAGGCCCUCGUCCGGCAGGGGGCCGCCUUCGCGGGCCGCCCGCCCUUCCCGUCCUUCCAGCUGGUGUCGGGCGGGCUCAGCCUGGCCUUCGGCGGAUACUCGGAGCUCUGGAAGCUGCACCGGCGGGCGGCGCACGCCACGGUGCGCGCCUUCUCCACGGGCAGCCCCGCCACCCGCCGCCUGCUCGAGCGGCACCUGGUGGGCGAGGCGCGGGCGCUGGUGGCGCUGCUGGUGCGCGGCAGCGCCGGCGGCGCCUUCCUGGACCCCUCGCGCGUCCUGGUGGUGGCCGUGGCCAACGUGAUGAGCGCCCUGUGCUUCGGCCGCCGCUACAGCCACGGCGACGGCGAGUUCCUGCGCAUCGUGGGGCGCAACGAGCAGUUCGGGCGGGCGGUGGGCGCCGGCAGCCUGGUGGAUGCGCUGCCCUGGCUCCAGCGCUUCCCCAGCCCCGUCCGCGCCGCCUACCGCGCCUUCCGCGACCUCAACCGCGACUUCUACGGCUUCGUCCGCGGCAAGUUCCUGCAGCACCAGCGCAGCCUGCGCCCCGGGGCCGCCCCCCGCGACAUGAUGGACGCCUUCAUCCGCCUGCAGCGGGAGCAGCCGUGGCUGCAGCUCGAGCACGUGCCCGCCACCGUCACCGACAUCUUCGGCGCCAGCCAGGACACCCUCUCCACCGCCCUGCAGUGGCUCCUCAUCUUCCUCAUCAGGUAUCCGAAAGUGCAGGCUAAAAUGCAAGAAGAAGUGGAUAGGAUUGUUGGAAGAGACCGUCUGCCGUGUGUUGAAGAUCAGCCCCACCUGCCCUACAUCAUGGCUUUCCUGUACGAAUCCAUGCGUUUCAGCAGCUUUGUGCCUGUGACGAUCCCACACGCCACCACAACCAACACCUUCAUCAUGGGCUACCUCAUUCCCAAGGACACCGUCAUCUUUGUCAAUCAGUGGUCAGUGAAUCAUGACCCAGCAAAAUGGUCCAACCCAGAGGAUUUUGAUCCAACAAGAUUCCUGGAUGAGAAUGGGUUCAUCAAUAAAGAUCUUACUAGCAGCGUGAUGAUUUUCUCCUUGGGAAAGCGUCGGUGUAUUGGAGAGGAGUUGUCCAAGGUGCAGCUCUUUCUCUUUACCUCCAUACUGGUGCAUCAGUGCAAUUUUACUGCUAAUCCAAACGAGGACCCUAAAAUGGACUUUACCUAUGGGCUGACCAUUAAACCUAAGCCAUUCACCUUGAAUGUUACGCUUAGAGAUACGAUGGAUUUGCUGGAUCAGGCGGUCCAAAGACUGCAAGCAGAGAAAGCAGCCAGUGAAAGUCAGCUGUCAGCAAAUGCCUAAGCAAUAAACCUUGCAUCUACAGAUAAUCCCCCUCUCUCUUUUUAGACUUAUAUAACUCAUAUCUUGUUCUGGUGAUAUUUUUGGUACAUAGCCAAUACUACACGUUAUAAAAGCAGGAAGAAAAGUUGCACAAGGUAUAAUUCAAGUAAUCUUUUUAAUUCUAGAAGGAGAGCCAGGGGAACAAUAUAUUAAAUGAUAAAACAUAUGCAAUUUGAAAGUAAGCCUUUUCUUUUCUAGCUUGUUCACAGAAGUUGUCAAUGUAAAGUGCUUUUUAUCUACUGACUGGUUGGAGCAUCUCCAGGAACUGUCUCUAUAAUCUUUUCCAUGUCUCCAUGUGCUAUGCCUUAACUCUUAAGUUUGCCUUCAGUGACUGCACAUUCAGAAAUGAAAUCUCUUAUUAAAAAACAUACAAAAGCAGUUGCUCAGAACAUUGCAGCCUGUUUCUGAAUUGACUCUGCUGGAAACUGCCAUAGGCUCAUGGCAACUCUGCUGUUCUGGCUGCUGGGAUGUAUGUUAAUGCCUCAAUAAUAUAUGUUCACAUGAUUUUUGGUAAAAUGGCAAUGCAAAGUCUUGCCUUCAGCAUUCCAAAAUGUUUACAUAAAUGCCUAAAACAAUAAAAGUCUUGCUUGUAAGCAUGUUUGAAACUAAAAUUCAUGUCUUAUAUGAAAAUUAGCAGAAUGUCCUAAUAUAGUAACUUUCCACAAAGUUUUGAAAGAUCAGAAUUUCUGUCACUAGGUGGCAAGGGUGAUACAAAUCAUAUGCUAAUCUCUUCAUCAGCAUGUUUAGGAACAAAGUAAGUAUUUGAAUUAGAUUUCUAAAGGUACAGCUGAACUUUUUGUUUCUUUAGGAAGGAGUUAAUAUGGUUGUCCCUAAGCACAUAGGUAAGUCUAGUAAAAUCCACAUUGGCUAAGGUAGGUAGAAGUGAGAUUGUGGGGGUUUCUAUUAAAAUGUUAAUGCCACAAGCCUCAAGUAAAGCAUACAGCAAAUAAUACCUCUACUCACCAGUCAUUCUGUUGAGUUAAAUAAUAUAUCUGAAAAUCAACUAUUUACUUUUAGUACAAUUUGUUUGGAACAAAGUCUCAGAAGGAAAAUUAACAUUACAUGUCCUAAUUAAAGUACCCAUUAACUGAACAAAAAUUACUUUUACAAUAUUUGUGAGGCAAAGUUCAUAAUUUUUUUUAAAUACCUCAUUUUAAAGUAAAACACACAUGAAACUUUAUAACGUUGAACCUCCAGCUAAAGUUUGUUUCACAAAGCUGCAUAUUUCUCUAGAAAGCAAACAGCCCUACACAAGUGCCUGAUUUGAAAAGUGUUGGGCACUUCUUUGGAGCUGCAGAUCACCUUCAAUUACACAUGAAAUCCAUCAGACAUGAGAGCACCUCACGUGACUUGCUGUGCUCAACAGAGUACCAGAUAAGGUAUUAGUAGAGCUAGAAAAACAAGGUUACAGUGCUGCACAGUGAAGUAGCUCUGCUGAGACCUAAGCAAGUGAGGAUUUGCACUGUGACUUCUGAUAGAUGGCCAGUCUUAGUCACGCUGGCAGCAGGGACAGAGCUCCUAGUGGCACUGGGAAGAGCUGGCUUAACAAUGCAACCCUGAUCUUAAGUACAAGCUUUGCUGCUGAUUUCAAAAACCUGAAUCAAGCCUACAAGCACUGCUCUAUAACCACACACAGUAAUAAUGAACCUGCUUAAAGUCUCUGCCUUCAUAUGGCAUCUAUCAUCAGUUUUAGAGCUAAAAACAGCUUUCUGCUGCAUACACAUGAAGUAACCUCAGGUGUUUUUCUGAAUUAUGUACAAGUUUGUGAUAUCCCAGAACUUAGCCUACAUCUGUGAAAAGCUUUAUAAGAUACUCAGCAUUUUCAUAUGGAGAUCUACAUUAGAUCAAAUGCUAGCAAGACAAUUUUUCUUGUACCUUUGUAAGUGCUGUUAUUAAAACAAAUAAAGUAUGUAACCUACAGCUGAAUAGUUAUUUUAAAGCAAGGAUCAUCAAUUCAUAUUUUAAUAAAAAAUGUCUUUUGCAAUUUUUUACCCUUCCAAAAGCUUUAACUCUGCAUUGGCUACUAGUGCAAAAUCCAUCCACACUGCUCAUGUCAGUCAGGGGGUUACACACCAUAUAGCUGUUGGUCACAUAAAGCCACAUGUAUUCUGUGAAGUUAUUCAAAUUUAGUAGCACCUAUUUAGAAUGUAUGCAGUCAUUUAGCAAGCUAAAUUCUAUGGUAAUUUUGAGAUGUAUCAUUGUGUUAGCAAAAUAUUAAAUAAAAUUAUUCUUACAGUA